UCUUCCAGAGGCUCGGCCCUUUCCUUUAACCAAAGGAUCUCUGGCUUCCUCCCAUUCUUUCACUCCGUAUGGAAAAUAAAACGAAACAAUUCAGUGAAGACUUGACCACAAAUAGAAGAGAAUUUUUUUUCACUUUGCCGCCCAGCAUCAAAAUUGGAAAUAUCUGAGGAGGAGAGUAGAAGAAUUAGGACUGCUCAAUGAAAGACAAGUAGGACUGUUAUAAGACUGGACUUCUUUACCGGUUCUGGAGAAGUAGAAGAUACUGAGGGGAGUUCUGAUGGCCCAAGACAGUAUGGUGCAGGACUAUUGUAUGGUGACGGCUUGAAGAGCUCAUAGCACUUGACUGCAGGUGAGGAUAGGAGAACGGGCAGGCAGGUAUGGGCAGAGGAUCAGGGGCUGCAGAGGAUGACCGUGGAAGCAGGUAAGAGUCCAGGUAAAAAUGGCUGAAUCAUACAGGGUGACAGCGCAGGGCAGAAAGAGAUGGAGUUUACCACAGAGACAUGAGACGGAUCCAAACCGAAUAGGGUCUCGAUGUCUGGAUGGAGAAGCUGAGAGAAAACUGACAGUUCCUUUCAGAGGUCACAUCUCAGGUGGACUGCAUCCAGGGAAGAAGGUUAUAGUGGUUGGGGUUGUGGACCCCAAUCCCGAUCGAUUCUACGUUGCGCUGACAUGUGGCCGUGGGACAUCCAGGGAACCUCCACCUAAUGUGGCUCUGGAGCUCUGUGUUCGAUUUAAGGACAGACAAGUCCUGCGAAGAGCCUGCAUGUCAGGUUCCUGGGGCGAAGCAGAGAGACUGAUCCCUUUUUUUCCCUUUAUCAAAGAUCAGCCCUUUAAGAUUGAGAUCCACUGCGAGCAUAGCAGAAUUCGAAUGUUUGUGGAUGGACAGCAGCUGUUUGACUUUCACCACAGAGUCCUGCCCCUCAGUGACAUUGAUACUUUAUGGAUCAAAGGCAGCAUAACUAUCACAAAACUUGCUUGAAAUAAAAGACUUCCCUUUUAGACUUUCAUAAGCCACUUGGGAACAGCACAAAUGCUUAUAUUUAUUCAAAAUAUUUUUUUAUAUGUUUAUAAAAUUGUUCAACAUUUAGUAUACUUUGUUGCUUUAGCUUUUGUUUUAUGAACCUCAUAAAGAUAUAACUACUCACUUUAAUCCUAUUUUUAUUUGUAGAUGAUUAAAAAGGUGAAACCGUUCAUUGAUAUUUUCUCUCAGUAUGACAUUCUCAAUGCUUUUCAUUAUUUAUGAUCUACUUCAGCUAUAAAUAUGAUUCUUUUUUAUUACAUGUUUGCUUCUAAUCAUAGUUCAUGAACAGUACAUAACAAGAAAAUUAAACUUUCUGAUUUUACAAAUAACUUGUUCUAAUACAUUGAAAUUUGACUGCUAAUAUGAAGACACUUUUGGGAUUACUACCUCAGUCCAGAGUAUGAAGUCCAGUUAUCAACCUCUGUCAAAAUUAGAUUGUUCACUUUUAACAUACAAGCUCUAUAUUAUAUUCCAUACCAUUGCACUGUAAAGUCAUUUUCAAGUUUUUAUUGUGAGCAAAUCCAGUGAAAACUGCCAUUCUUUGUAAAAAUAUCUAUGUGUAUCAUGUAUAUGUAUCUUUUCCAGAAAUAAAAUGAUUAAAUAUUG